UGGGCUGUGACACCUGAAAUGGCUGCGUGGUCACAAGGUGCCACUACGCAGUGUGGCCAGCAGAGAAGAAACCUGGGCCUCUGACGACACCGAACGCGGACUGUCUCUUGCUUGAGGGUCACCCUCUUUUGCCUCUUGGUCCCUGAAGGAACAAAUGACAAACGGGUUUCAGUUGGGGUUUUCAGCUACUUGCAACCUUGAUCUUGCAGAGACUGCAGGAGGCCAACCCACCGCCAUCUUAUUUUACUGAGGGAAGAAAGAAGGCCCAGAGGGACAGCCAUGUGUCCAGGUUUCAAAGCUAAGUCAUGGCAGUGUGACUCAGGAGACCGGCCAUCACUUCUAACACAGCCCUCCUCCUGUCAUACCGCAGCUUCUAGAAUCUUCAGCCUUGCCCUGCCCCGGCCAGCCCAGAGCCUUCUCUGUAGUCAGAUGUGUCUAUGGAAGCUCACCUGGUUGGAAUCCAACAGGCAACAUUCCAUCUAAUUAAGCAACUGUAAGCGGGAAGGCUGUAUCUCCGGAGCCUAUCUGUGUUUUGUGAUGAGUCUUUAUAAACCCUCGCUGGCUGUUGUGACGGGUGCCGGGGAGGUUGCUGAGACCUCGGUAAACAGGGUCCUGCUGGGCCACAGUGGGGGCUGUGGCAGUGUCUGUUUAUAGAAUCCAAAGUCUGCAUUUGGAUAAUUACCUCCAUGUAAUUGUCAGAUUAAUGUCACCUGGGCCAGAAGGUCUGCGUUUUGAUACUUAAGGAAAGAAAAAACAAAACCCUUUGGAGAUGCCCAACGGCUGUGAACUUGAAACAGCCUGACUCCUAAAAAUUGGGGAACCAGCGGCUGGGUGAGGCCAGAGCACAGCCAGCAGGGUGCUGAACAAGCAGGCUUGUGAAUGAGGCAGAGGGGAGGCCGACAGAGAACAUGUUGAUUUUCCUGCUUUCCCCACCCACCCCCACAGCCCCAAACACAUGCACAAAAGUGUGCAAGUCCUCUGAGAAGCCGGCAGCAGUGGGCUUCUGAUCUGGCCCCCUCUGUCAUGGGCAAAGUGCACGCUGGAAAAUUCAGGAAGAAGAAAGCUGGGAAAAAGCUGCGUCUGAAAAGAAAGCGAUUUCCUUCUCGAACACCCGAGCCGUCGCUCUUGUUACCCAAGGACUGUAAUUCUGCCGCACGGAGAGAGGGAACCCGAGGCUGAGACAGUCACUUGCCGAAAAUCACCAAGCUAAGAAGUGUUCAGGAAUUCAAACCCAGAUCUGAUCAAGUCAAGGGCCUUCCCACCUUCUGGAGAAUGGCUUCUGCUUGGCGGAGACUGGGUUUCUAUGUCUGUUUCCUGAAAAGCAAGCUAAAUGGUGGGCCAGAUAUCAUCAGCAGAGGAAGGAGAGUAAUCCCGGGAUGUGCCAGAGGUAUUUACAGUGCCACGGGGACGUGGACGAAAGAGUACACGUUGCAGACGAGGAAGGAUGUCGAGAAUUGGUGGCAUAAACGAAUAAAAGAAGAAACCUCCAAGAUAUCAGAAGCCGAUAAAUCAAAGCCCAAGUUUUACGUGCUUUCCAUGUUCCCUUACCCUUCCGGAAAGUUGCACAUGGGCCACGUGCGCGUAUACACCAUCAGCGACACCAUUGCACGGUUCCAGAAGAUGAGAGGGAUGCAGGUCAUCAACCCCAUGGGAUGGGAUGCGUUUGGACUGCCUGCCGAAAAUGCAGCAAUCGAGCGGAAUCUACAUCCAGACAGUUGGACGCAAAGCAAUAUUAAACACAUGAGGAAGCAGCUUGAUCGGCUGGGCCUCUGCUUCAGCUGGGAUAGGGAAAUAACUACAUGUUUGCCAGAUUACUACAAGUGGACUCAGUACCUCUUUAUUAAACUCUAUGAGGCUGGACUGGCCUAUCAAAAGGAGGCCUUGGUCAACUGGGACCCAGUGGAUCAAACGGUGCUUGCCAACGAGCAGGUGGAUGAGCAUGGCUGUUCGUGGCGUUCUGGAGCAAAGGUGGAACAGAAGUACCUCAGACAGUGGUUUAUUAAGACAACUGCUUAUGCCAAGGCCAUGCAGGACGCGCUGGCAGACCUUCCAGAAUGGUACGGAAUAAAAGGCAUGCAGGCCCACUGGAUCGGGGACUGUGUGGGCUGCCAUCUGGACUUCACAUUGAAGGUGGACGGGCGCGUCACGGGAGAAAAGCUGACGGCCUACACGGCGACCCCCGAGGCCAUUUACGGCACCUCCCACGUCGCCAUCUCUCCCAGCCACAGACUCCUGCACGGGCACAGCUCUCUGAAGGAAACCUUUCGGAAGGCACUCGUCCCUGGCCAAGACUGCCUCACGCCCGUGACGGCCGUGAACAUGCUCACCCAGCGGGAGGCCCCUGUCGUUAUCUUGGCCAAAGCUGACUUUGAGGGCUCUCUGGAUUCCAAAAUAGGAAUUCCCAGCACCAGCCCAGAGGACGCCAGCUUAGCCCAAACCCUGGGCCUCCCCUACUCCGAAGUCAUCGAGACUUUGCCGGAUGGCACAGAGAGACUCCGCAGCUCUGCUGAGUUCACAGGCAUGAACCGGCAGGAUGCGUUUCUAGCCUUGACCCAGAAAGCCCGGAGGAAGAGAGUCGGUGGAGACGUGACGAGUGACAAACUGAAGGACUGGCUGGUCUCGCGACAGCGGUACUGGGGCACGCCCAUCCCCAUGGUCCACUGCCCGGCCUGUGGCCCCGUGCCGGUGCCUCUGCAGGAUUUGCCCGUGACCUUGCCCCACAUCACAGCUUUUACCGGCAAGGGAGGCUCCCCUCUGGCCACGGCUUCGGACUGGGUGAACUGCGCCUGCCCGAGGUGCAAGGGAGCCGCCAAGAGAGAGACAGACACAAUGGAUACCUUUGUUGAUUCUGCUUGGUACUACUUUAGAUAUACCGACCCGCAGAAUGCUCACAGCCCUUUUAGCGCCGCCUUGGCAGAUUACUGGAUGCCUGUGGAUUUGUACAUCGGAGGGAAGGAACACGCUGUCAUGCACUUGUUCUACGCGAGAUUCUUCAGUCAUUUUUGCCAUGAUCAAAACAUGGUCAAGCACAGAGAGCCUUUUCAUAAGCUGCUGGCCCAAGGCCUUAUCAAGGGGCAGACAUUCCGCCUGCCGUCUGGACAAUAUCUACAGAGAGAGGAAGUAGAUCUCACAGGGUCUGUUCCUGUUCACGCAAACACGAAGGAGACGGUGGAGGUGACGUGGGAGAAGAUGAGCAAGUCCAAACACAACGGGGUGGACCCCCAGGAGGUCGUAGGGCGUUACGGCAUCGACACCAUCCGGCUGUACAUCCUCUUCGCCGCCCCUCCCGAGAAGGAUAUCUUGUGGGAUGUGAAGUCUGACGCCCUCCCCGGGGUGCUAAGAUGGCAACAGCGUCUGUGGGCCUUGGUGACCCGCUUCAUCGAGGCCAGGGCUUCUGGGACACUUCCCCGGCCCCAAGUGCUGAGUAAGGAGGAGAGAGCCGAGGGCAGGAAGCUCUGGGAGCACAAGAACUCGGUCAUCUCUGAGGUGACUGCCCAUUUCACAGAGGACUUCUCACUGAACUCGGCAAUCUCUCAGCUGAUGGGAUUCAGCAAUGCCCUCCUGCAAGCCUCGCAGAGAGUCGUUCUCCACAGCCCCGAGUUCGAGGACGCUGUCUGUGCCCUGACCGUGAUGGCUGCCCCGAUGGCCCCUCACAUCACCUCGGAGCUCUGGGCAGAUCAGCUUCCAAAAAUUCUCUGGAGCGCUGGCAAAGCUGCUCGGACGAGAGCAUCCGUCACGAUUCCCGGUGUUUUGCAAGGACUUUGCAGCGCCUCUGUGGUAAACUCAUCCCGCAUGCUGGAACAGCCCCGCCUGGGCCCACUCCGUCCCCCGGAAAUCCUGAGUGACACCCUCGCUGAGCCUUGGCUGCCGCGAGGGCCUGCAACAGGUCCCCGGGAAGCUGUGUGCCCACUAUGCCUGGGACACCGGCGUGCUGCUUCAGGCGUGGCCGACCGUGGACCCGCAGUUCCUUCAGCAGCCCGACGUCGUGGAGAUGGCCGUCCUGGUGCUCGUGUCGGGAUCACCGCUUCGCACAGUCAGGGCAUUGACGGAAGGGGACGUGGGACCUUGGCCGUAAAGAGGAGCAGCAUUACCCUAGUGCAGAAGACGAUGCCUGCUCGGCAGAAGCAAAGGGGGGAGCGCCCUCGGGGACAUUGGGACGAUCAACAACAAAGCCUGCGGCACAAUCCCCGUGCCCCAGCGAGUCUCGCGGGACCAGGACAAAGUCCACGAACUCGUCCUCCAAAGCGAGCUGGGUGUCAGGCUCUUGCAGGGGCGAAGCAUCAAGAAAGCGUUCCUCUCCCCCAGAACGGCCCUCAUCAACUUCCUGGUGCAGGACUGACGGCAGGGAGGAGGAAGGGGGAGGGGUAGGGGGGCGCUGGCCCAGGGUGGGGAAACGACGGAUGUCUUGAACGCUCACCCUCGUCCUCUGACGGACGGGUAUGGGUGGUGAGCCUCUGUGGCGGGGCCUGGUGCAGGGGUGGGGACGGGUGUGGGCAGAGCAGAAGGACUCUCGAAGGCGGAGGGGUGGGGCAGCCCCUGCAGGUGGAGGAAGCCAUCUGACCCCGCACGAAGCCACCAGAGGUACGGCCGGGUGUUUGCAGGAAGGCGAGAAGAGAAGUGAGAAUGCACGUGUGCCUCUCGAGCAGCCUGGGAGCUUCUGACCCCCAGAAACUGCACGGCCUUCGACACACCCCGGGAACGGGAGGGCGAACUGAGGACCCACGCACGGCAUUUGGGUCGUGUCCAAAUGCCCAGAUUGUGGCAUGGACGCUGCGGUCUUCAGAAGCCGCUAGGAACCAGAAGGCAAGCGGGGCGGGUCCCUCUACAGGUGUCCCCGCCUCCUGGGGUGAAGCACCACUUCCUACCCUCUCUCGGGGUGUGACAUUUGCUGUGCAGUGAGGCAGGACCACGCCGGGUGGGACCUCAGAUGGAAGCAAUCGCAGGGCCGACCGCAGCCCCGCGCGGUGUCUGCUCAUGUGGGCCCCAGAUGCCGCCACCGCCGUCGAUGUGGCCCCUGGAGCCCAUCGUGAGAAGCGCGAGCUCGCCGCGGAGGAGUGGCCCAGAGCCACCGGGUGUUGCCUUCUUGUUCAGGCCGCCACCGUCUGGCAGCCGGGGAGGCGGCUGGGGACGGACCCCUAUCGUUGGUGUCAUUCGGAUAACCGGGUCCUAUGUGAUGUCAGCAAUUGGGUGCUCUGAGCAGAAGCGGCCAAAGCCACUGAUUAACAUUUAAUGGGGAAGUGGAGGAGAAUCUCGCCAUUUUGUGAUGCUGAAAAUCUGUAUUUGUUUUCUGAUGCCAUUUUUCUGAGGUAACCUCAGAUGAGGUAGCCUGCAGUUGAACAGCUAACAGAUGACUUUUUUUUUAACGUAAUAAAAUGUUUGUCAUGUGCGA